UUUACAUCGAACAGGUUAUGUUCUAAAACCUACACGUGAUAUAAAGUGUUUAUAUCCUUCAAUAAAUAAAUUUUUUAUUUUGUUAUACUGUGAAUAAUUAAAAUGUCACGCCUCGUAGUAAAAAAUUUACCACCCAACAUUAAAGAAGCUAAAUUAAAAGAUUUGUUUAGUACUCAAGGAGUUAUAACUGAUAUACAAUUAAAAUAUACAAAAGAUGGAAAGUUUAGACGCUUUGGAUUUAUUGGUUAUAAAUCAGAAGAAGAUGCUAAAAAAGCUUUAGCAUACUUUGAUAAAUCUUGCAUUGACACAUCUAGGAUAAGUGUCGAAUUAUGUGCUGAAUUAGGUGAUUCCUCCAAACCAAAAUCGUGGAGCAAAUAUGCUCCAGAUAGUUCAGCUCAUGUGAAACUUACUCCAAAAGCAAAAACUACUGAACAUUCAGAAGUUGAUGUUGGCAAAUUGGAUAAAACUAAAAAAACAAAAAAGAAAAAUCAAAAGGAUGGAGAAAUAAAAAAAAUAUUAGAGAAACAUAAAGAAGAUCCUCUUUUCACCGAGUUUCUUGAAAGUCAUGCUGUAAAUGGAGCUAAGGAAUUAUGGGGCAAUGAUUUAAUGAUUGAUACUGAUGAUGAAAAAGAUAAAAAAGAUUUGGACGAAGAAAAAAAUGAUUCUAAAGUGGAAAAAGAGGACAAUGAUCUGGAAGAAGAAUCAAACAUAAAAGUAACUGAUGAGAAAAUUUCUGAUUUGGAAUACAUGGAAAAAUUAAAAGGGAAAGGAAAAGAUACGGACAAAAAACAGUCAUUAGAAAAAAAGUCUACGAGAGGAAAUAUUAAAUUAUAUACGGUAGUACUAAGAGGAUUAGGCUAUAAGCAUAAAAAGAAACAUAUAAAGCAGUUUUUCCAUCCAUUGAAGCCAAAGUCAAUUCGAGUGCCAGUGAAAAUUAAAGGAAUUGCUUAUGUUGGAUUUAAAAGUGAGAGACAGAGAAAUCAAGCAUUAAAUAAAGAUAAAGGCUUCUUCGAGGGAAAACGUAUAUUCGUAUAUAAGUAUGAAGGUGAUCAUAGAGAUGAAAAAAUUGAAAAUGAUAGUAAAGAUGAAAAAAGUAAUGUUCGUUGGAAGCAACAGGAAGAGGCUUUGAAAAAUGAGGAAACGAUUGCUGAAUCGGGCAGAAUAUUUGUAAGAAAUCUUUCUUAUAUAACAACUGAAGAUGAUUUAAGAAAUCUAUUUGAAAAAUAUGGUCCUUUAGCUGAAAUUGAUAUACCAAUUGAUAAAGUUACUCGGAAAUCUAAAGGUUUCGGUACUAUUACAUAUAUGAUGCCAGAACAUGCAAUGAAAGCAUACUCCGAAUUAGAUGGAAAGACUCUACAUGGUAGAAUGUUACAUUUGUUGCCUGGAAAAGCAAAAUCAUCAAUUACUGAAGCUGAACAAGAGGGUAUGAGUUUCAAAGAAAAGAAAGAGUUUGAAAGAAAAAAGAUGGCUAAUUCAACACAUAAUUGGAAUACGUUGUUCCUUGGGCAGAAUGCAGUAGUAGAUGCCAUUGCAUCAAACUAUAAUACUACUAAAGAAAAAGUACUUGAAGAUGGAGGGAAAGGAACGAGUGUGGCAGUAAGGAUCGCCUUGGGAGAAACCCAAUUAGUUGAAGAAACUAGAAAAUUCUUGGAGGAUAAUGGCGUGAAACUUGAUGCGUUCAAUAAACCUACUGAAAAACGUUCAAAGACGGUUAUACUUGUCAAAAAUCUGCCACCAGCUACAUUAGCAAAAGAAUUAUGUGAAAAAUUCUCCCCGUUUGGUAUUUUAGGACGAGUUAUCAUGCCUCCAUCGGGAGUAACAGCACUUGUAGAGUUUUUGGAGCCAUCGGAGGCUCGUAAAGCUUUCAACAAGCUUGCUUAUACAAAAUUCAAACACUUACCAUUAUACCUGGAGUGGGCACCUGAACAUAGUUUGUCUCCAACUACUCACAGUGCCAAUAAAAAAUUGUCAUCUGACGAUAAACUUAACGAAAACACUCCUGAAGAGCCUUCAGGUGUUUCUCAAAGCACUAAAAAUAAUGAAAGUGAUAAAGUCAAACAGGAUGAAACAAGUCAAAAUACAGUAAAUGAGGAAGAUGAUGAAGAAGAAGAUGAACCUGAGCCUGAUACUACAUUAUUUGUUAAAAAUUUAAAUUUUUCAACUGGCGAUGAAGGAUUAAAAAAACAUUUUAGUAAAUGUGGGCAAAUACAUUAUGCAGCAGUUGCGACGAAAAAAGAUUCAAAAAAUCCAGGACAAAAGUUAUCAAUGGGAUAUGGAUUUGUUCGAUAUAAAUAUAAAUUAGAUGCAGAUCGAGCAUUGAAAGAAUUACAAAUGUCAGAGUUAGAUGGAAAGACAUUAGAAUUAAAAAGAUCUGAAAGAACAUUAGGAACUGAUGUAGCAACGACAAGAAAAAUAUCUACAUCAACAGUGCCAGCCGGAACAAAAAUUUUAAUAAAAAACAUUCCAUUCCAAGCAAACGAAAGUGAAAUAACAGAAUUAUUUAAGGCAUUUGGUCAGUUAAAAGCUGUACGAUUGCCAAAAAAAUUGGUUGGAGACGAAAAACAUCGUGGAUUUGGAUUUGUUGAAUAUUUUACCAAGAGUGAUGCUAAAAAAGCAUUUAAAUCACUAUGUCAAAGCACUCAUUUGUAUGGCCGAAGAUUGGUACUAGAAUGGGCCCAAAGUGUCGAGGACGUGGACACCAUUAGAAAGCGAACUGCAAAGCAUUUUCACCAAGAAAUAUCAAGUAAGAAAAGCAAAAAGGCUGUACUCGAUCCGGAAUCAGUUGGUCUUGAGGGUGAAACAUGAUAAUAACAUUGGAAAUUAAUUAUCUAUCAAGUUGUUUAAAUAAAAGUUUUAAAGUAAGUCAUUUAUUACUCUAAUAAAAUGUAAUAAAAUGUUUUUAAUUUAUUUAA